AUGUGGUUGGUUAUUCUGUGCUUUGUCCUCCCCGCUAUCAUUUUCUCGAUUUUUGCACUGAUCGCGUGGCUUCGGGUUCUACAAUUGAAUUACAGACGUCGGAUGGCUGCAGAGGCUGCUGGUCGAGAAGCAAAAAAGAAGGCAUCACAACUCGAAAGUCUCAUUACGAAGAAGGAUGGAAAAGUGAUUUGUCACAUUCCGAUUCAAGUUGAAGACAUUGAAACCGGGGCCAUGUUCUUAUACAAUUCAGAUGAGAAUUUGGCAAAUAUUGAUGAAGACGUCAAGGUUCCAUUGGUCGAGCAACAAGUUGUAUGA